UCCCACAAAUCUGUAAGAGUUUAUUGGUAUAUUGGAUAAAUUCACUGAAGAUUUACGGUUCAUUCCAUUGUCUAAUUUCUACUACUGAGUAUAUUUGGUAUAAAUCUCAAGAAAAUGGUGAUAACAAGAGAAAUCCGCGAUGAAAUUGCGUCCGAGGUAAACAAAGCGCUGAAGAACUACCUGAGCAAUGAAUCAUUCUUAAAAACCAUAGCGGACAAUGUGUCGAACGCGAUAAUAAAAACAGUCGAAUUGAAACUGUCGCAUAUCGAAACAACAUUGACAAAUAUGCAAGCUGACGUUACAAACAUCAGGGAUGAAAACAAGGUCACAGCUGAGAAGGUGGAUAGGCAUACGAAUGAUUUUUUGCAUUACAAGACAAGAAUGGAGAGGAAAUAUGAUCGAAUCGACCGAUAUUCGAGGAAAUGCAACUUGAGGAUUUUUGGUUUUGAAGGGCGACCGAAUGAACAAACAGGGGAGAGCAUUAUAUCCUUUUUAAACUCGAAGAUGUCUAUGAAAUUAACUAAAGACGAUAUGGAGGUGUGCUAUAGAGUUGGAAGAAAGGGUGGCGAGAAGUCAAGAGCUGUUUUUCUCAAGGUUAAUAAUUUCAACUUAAAAGAUCAAAUUUAUCGCAAGAAACGGCUGCUGAAGGGCACUGGUGUAGUGAUAAGAGAAGAUCUCACUAGUCAUGGAGUUGAACUGUACUCCAAAUGUGUGGAAAAGGCUGGUAUGAAGAAUGUUUGGACGGACUCUGGGAAGGUUUACAUCUUUAAAGAUAAGAAGAAAAUUUUUUGACUGGAAUACCCAGAAAUUAAAUGGUCUGGGAGUGAUCCAUUUCAAUAUACGUAGUCUCAGAAAAAAUUUUGAUGAACUUCUUCUACAUUUACAAGAUAAUAUUGAUAAUUUAGAUGUAAUUAUUCUGUCGGAAACUUGGAGGGUGGAAAGGGUGAGUGACUUCAGUAUUCCCAAUUUUCUUGUUUACUACAAUGAAUCGAAACAUAAUCAGAACGAUGGCCUGGUUGUAUAUGUGAGGAGCUCUAUAGACGCUGAUGUUCAGGUUGUGAGUAUGACUGAAACGAAUCUAUUAAGAAUAACAUUCCACGUAGGCCUCUUUGAGAAAAAUUGUGAUAUUGGCAUAACAGCUUCCUAUCGGCCUCCUUCUACCGAUUGUGGGAUUUAUCUAGGGGAUUUAGAGAGUUUCUUUCAGCAUUUCAAUAAAAAAACGUUAGAGCUAUUUAUGGGUGAUAUAAAUAUAAAUUUGUUGAAUUUGAAUUCUCAACACACAAAUCGGUAUCAAAAUUUGAUGGCGGAGAAUGGUUUUUCUUCGUAUAUAAAUGAGUUCACGAGAAGUGUCAAUGGCUCAAACUCUAUACUUGACCAUAUUUUCAUCAGAAAGGAAAAUUGUUUGAAUGAUAAAAUAGAACUUAAGCCCUACGUCAUUAAUAUCAAUACCACAGAUCAUUUUCCGGUGCUUUUGGGCGUGGCCCAAUUUAAAUUGUCGAAACCUAGACAGGACAGAUGUCAAUCAUAUAAAAGAAUCGAUUUCAAUAAACUUGAAGCAAUUCUUA